AUGUCGAAACCCAGCAAGUACCUUCUCCUCUCUCUCCCUACCUCCAUCGUCCCCUCCCACCACCGGGACGAUGCGCUCGAGGCCGUUUCCUCCACCGUCGCUCCGGACACCGCAGCAUCAUUCCCAAUCCCCGAAUUCAAGAUCGGCACUCUAGAUGCCCUCGUUCAGCAAGCAGACGAGCUCGCCAAGCUCGAGGCCUCCUGCCAGGGUGUGGUGGCAAAGGUUGGGGAUUCUUUGAAGAACAUCCUCGAAGGCGACGAGGCGCAAAUUGAGCAGAUGAAGGUCGUCAAUGAUAAGCCCGUGGACCAGUACUUGCGGACCUUCCAGUGGAAUAAAGUCAAGUACAGAGCUGACAAGUCCUUGGCCGAGUUGAUUGAUCUGCUGCAGAAGGAAGCUGCCAGUAUUGACAGCGAUAUCCGGACCAAGUACAACCAAUAUAACCAGGUCAAGAACACGCUAUCUACACUCCAGCGCAAGCAAACAGGAAAUCUCUCCACCAAGUCCCUCGCUUCUGUGAUCGAUCCGAAAUCCGUGGUCCAGAACUCCGAAUAUAUUGAAACCCACCUGGUCGCCGUGCCCGCACAGCUAGUCAAAGACUUCCUGCAGACAUAUGAAACGGUCGCCCCCAUGGUUGUUCCCCGAUCUGCACAACUGGUCGCCUCGGAUAGCGAGUUCACCCUGUACGCCGUGACUGCAUUCAAGAAACACAGCGUGGAGUUUGUGCAUAAGUGCCGUGAGCAGAAGUGGAUCCCGCGUGACUUCACGUAUGUCGAGGGCGGGAAGGAGGAGGAGCGCAAAGAGGUUGAGCGUGUGGGCGGUGACGAGCGAAAGGUCUGGGGCGAGACAUUACGACUUGGACGCACUGCCUGGAGUGAGGCGGUCAUGGUCUGGAUCCAUAUACUCGUACUGAGGGUAUUCGUCGAGACUGUCCUGCGGUAUGGACUGCCGUUGGACUUUGUCUGCGCUCUCGUCCGGACCCCCAACUCCAAGCAGGCAGACCGUGCGAAGCAAAACCUCGAGAAUAAGUUUUCGUACUUGGCCGGCAAUGCCUUUGGACGCGACAAGAAGGGUCGUAUGCAGCGCGAUGAUCCGAACGAGAUGCAUGCCACUGGUGAGGCCAGCGCGGAGUACACCCCGUACGUGUUUUAUGAAUUCGAGUUCAACUAA